AUGGUGUUAUCAAACAAGAAGCUAAAGCAGAAGCUGAGAGACGCAAAGGCAGAAUCUUUAGCGGCCAAAGUAUCUGGUGGGCCAAACCCGAAUGGCAAGGAAUCAUCAAUAGACCAAGAAGGCAAUUCGCGGCUUCAAGAGCUUCUAGAAGCAGCAAAACAUAGGCCCAAAUUGUCAAAGAGGGAGAAAAGAAGGAAGACCCUCUCUUUGCAAGGAUUUGAUAGUGCACAAAAGAGUCUAAAUGAUGACAGAGGCGAAAAGAACAAAGGAAGUGAGGAGAAAAAUGAAGAGGAUUUAGUGACUGAGGGUGAUAACGAGGAAAAUGGUGAAAAAAGGAAGAGAAAGAAGAAGAAAAGAAAGAGAGAAGAAGGAGAGAGUGAAGACAAGGGUUUAGUGGAGGAUGAAGCAGUGAAGGAGGCAAAGAAGGCAAAGAAGAAGAAAAAGAAACAGAAGAAGAAAAAAUCCAAGAGUGUGGAGGAGAAGCUAGGUGUUGAGGCAGAAGAAGUAGCAGAGCCAACAAAAGGGAUCAGUGAAAGUCAAAUGAAUGAGGAUGUUGCUACAAAAGUUUAUGUUGGAGGCAUUCCAUAUUACUCAACUGAGGACGACAUUCGAAGUUACUUUGAGGGCUGUGGCACUAUAACUGGCAUUGAUUGUAUGAAGUUUCCUGACAGUGGGAAGUUUAGAGGAAUCGCCAUAAUUAGUUUUAAGACUGAAGCUGCAGCUAAACGGGCCUUGGCUCUUGAUGGAUCUGACAUGGGUGGAUUUUAUCUGAAAAUUCAACAGUAUAAGACAACUCGAGCCAACAGAGUGCCUGAUUUUGCACCAAAAAUUGUUGAGGGUUACAAUAGGAUCUACGUUGGAAAUUUGUCAUGGGAUAUAACUGAGGAUGACCUGAAGAAAUUUUUCUCUGAUUGCAAUAUAUCAUCUAUACGUUGGGGUACAGACAAGGAAACAGGGGAAUUCCGAGGGUAUGCCCAUGUGGAUUUUUCUGACAAUCUCUCAUUGUUGAUGGCACUAAAGUUGGAUCAGCAGAUUGUAUGUGGACGAGCCAUCAAAAUAAGUUGUGCAGUUCCUACGAAAGGAGCAAAAAUACGUACAACUUCUUCUACACCCAUAACCACAGAUAAUGAAGCUGAUAGUAUUGUAUGUGCUAGCAGUGCUACAUCCACAGCCCAAAAUAAUGAAGCUGAAAAUGAUGGGUUGAGUGCAAGCAGUGGUAAGAUGAGGAGGAGGACAUGCUAUGAGUGUCAGGAGAAAGGUCAUAUUUCUUCAAAUUGCCCAAAGAAGCAAGCUGCUGAAACAAAUUCCAAUGCAAGAUAAACAUUUGAGAACAUUCAACUAUGUCACCUUAAGAUUUUAUGCAGUCCCUAAUUCCCUGUUGAUAUUCAAUUGGUUUUUUCCAUCUAUAUGCAGUUGCUGUUACAAUUUUGUAUUCUGAGUUUUUAUGUGUUAAAUCAGUUUAGUUCACAUAUUUGUCUAAAUGAUCCUUCUUUAAUUUUUUUUAAGGAUCUUGUUUUGUAAUUUUCCUUUCUAGUAACCACGGUUGUUUAUUUCCUUA